ACCAACUUCCGUUUUCUAUGAUCACCAUACGUCCUAAUCUUCUUGCUAAAUUUCUUUUUUUUUCUGUUUUGUUCCAGACGGGGAUUCUAUUGUAGACAUGCGCACACUUGCCGAGAUAGAAACACCGCCAUGAAUGCAUUUGGGUCACCGCCGUCCCUCUCCGUCACAGCCAUUUUGCUAUGUACUAUUGGCUUGGCUUGCACACUGAGAAUAGAUGACGUGUCGAUCCCUGAAUACAAAGUACGUGGUUCCUCAGCCAGACUCACCUGUAAUUAUUCCCUGGGUGACUUCACUCUCUAUAGCCUCAAGUGGUACAAGGGAGACAAGCAGUUUUAUCAAUAUAUUCCCGGGAAUAAGAAGACGAAAAAUACCUUCGUAGUUCCGGGCGUCAACGUGGAUGUUGACAGCAGCAGCGCAGUGACGGUCGUUUUACAGGACGUGGAGUUAGAGACUUCAGGUAAAUACAAGUGUGAGGUUAUUACCGAAGGACCAUUAUUCCACACGAAGAUAGGGGAAGGGAACAUGACCGUUAUAGACCUCCCCGACAGCACGCCCGUUCUAGAGGGCGUGAAGACCAGCUACCAACUUGGAGAGAGAGUACGUGUCAACUGUACUUCCCCUUACUCCAAGCCAGCUGCAACGUUGGAGUGGCAUGUCAACGAUGAACUGGUUCCCAUUUUUAAAAAUGCCCAUCAAUAA